AUGGCAACGGCUAGUUUCUUCUAUGGUCUGAUCAUCCCAAUGCUCUACUUCUCCGCCGCAUUUACCGCCGCGCAACUCUCCGAGAUCCAAGCCUUAACCUCCUUCAAGCUCAACCUCCACGACCCUCUCGGCGCCCUCACCGGCUGGGACUCCUCCACGCCCUCCGCCCCAUGCGACUGGCGCGGCGUCGUCUGCUUCAACAACCGAGUCCGCGAGCUCACCCUCCCUCGCCUCCACCUCGCCGGCCGACUCUCCGACCAACUCGCCGCCCUCCGUGACCUCCGGAAGCUCAACCUCCACACCAACAACUUCAACGGCUCCAUCCCUCCCUCUCUCUCCCAAUGCGUGUUGCUACGCGCCGUCUACCUCCACGUCAACUCACUCUCCGGCGACCUCCCGCCGGCGAUUCUCAACCUCACCAACCUCCAAAUCCUCGCCCUUUCUCACAACUCCCUCUCCGGAAAAAUCUCCGGCGAAAUUCCGGCGAGCCUCCGGUACCUUGAUCUCUCGUAUAAUGCAUUCACCGGUGACAUUCCGGUCAACUUCUCCGCCGACUCGCGGCUCCAGUUCAUCAAUUUCUCCUUCAACCAGUUCACCGGCGGCGUUCCGGCGACCAUCGGCCGGCUCCAGACGCUUCAGUAUCUCUGGCUGGACUCGAACAGGUUAACCGGUACGAUCCCUUCUGCUAUCUCCAACUGCUCCUCCCUCGUACAUUUCAGCGCCGACGACAACGCGCUCCGAGGUCUAAUUCCGGCCACUAUCGGCGCCAUUCCGAACCUUCAGGUGGUUUCUUUAGCUCGAAACAGCUUAUCAGGCUCAGUCCCCACAGCUUUAUUAUGCAAUGGGAAUGAUGACUCUUCUUCUUCUUCACUGAGGAUAGUAGAUCUAGGGUUCAAUGCGCUCACGGGAAUUGUGCCGCCGCAAAAUGCAAGGUGUUCAAGUAUCUUGGAGGUUCUGGUUCUUAAAAGCAAUCGCAUUCGCGGCGCGUUUCCGAGCUGGUUGAGCAAUGUGACUAGGUUGAGGGUUUUCGAUGUUUCUGGAAACUUGUUUUCGGGUGGAUUGCCUCCUGAAAUCGGCAAUCUUUUCCGGUUGGAGGAGUUUCGGGUCGGUAAUAAUUCCCUCAUUGGUGAAAUUCCUGAUCAGAUUGCGAAAUGCAGCUUGUUAAAGGCUCUUGAUCUUGAAGGCAACCGCUUUAGGGGUCAGUUUCCGUUGUUUUUGGGAGGGAUGAAGAGCUUGAAGGUGUUGUCUUUGGGUGGGAAUUUGAUCUCGGGUACCAUCCCGUCGAGUUUGGGAUCACUUUCGGGGCUGGAGUCGUUGAAUCUGAGCGGUAACAAUCUGACAGGGGAAGUUCCGGUUGAGGUCAUGCAGCUAGGCAACUUGACUAGCUUGAACUUGAGUAAUAACAAGUUUUCGGGUGAGGUUCUUGGGAAUGUAGGAGCAUUGAGGAGCUUGCAGGUUCUGAAUGUGAGUAAUUGUGGACUUUCGGGUAGAGUCCCUGCGAGUAUUGGAGGUUUGAUGAGGCUUGCUACGCUGGAUUUGAGUAAACAAAAGCUUUCUGGUGAGUUGCCUACUGAGGUUUUUGGGCUGCCAAAUUUACAAGCGGUUGCUUUGCAAGAGAAUCAGUUAUCAGGGGAGGUUCCUCAAGGUUUUAGUAGCUUGACUGGUUUAGUCUACCUAAAUCUCUCCUCCAAUGCCUUUACUGGUGUUAUUCCAUCCACUUAUGGAUAUCUACGGUCACUGACUGUUCUAUCUUUGUCAAAGAAUCGCAUUUCCGGUGUGAUCCCACCAGAGCUUGGAGAUAGUUUGAGCCUUCAAGUACUUGAGCUUAGUUCUAAUCAAUUGGAGGGCACGAUUCCUGGUGAUAUCUCUCGGCUGUCUAGUUUGGAAGAGCUGGAUGUAGGUCAUAAUAAACUGACAGGUGAAAUACCAGAGGAAAUUUCCAAAUGCUCUGCUCUGACUUCAUUAUUGUUAGAGGGUAAUCAACUUUCAGGUCCAAUACCGAACUCCUUGCCUUUGUUAUCGAACCUUGUGGUGUUGGAUCUUUCCUACAACCAGUUGAGUGGAGCAAUCCCGGCAAAUAUUUCACUCAUUCCUCACUUGAAGUCAUUAAAUUUGUCUAACAACAACCUAUCUGGUAAGAUUCCAGAGCCAUUGGGUUCUAAAUUCAGUGGUUCUGCCUUCGCGAUGAACCCGAGUUUAUGUGGGAAACCAUUGGACAGAGAAUGUGGAGAUGCAAAGAGGAGAAGGAGAAACAGGUUGAUUUUAUUGAUUGCGGUGGCUGCUGGUGGAGCUUUGCUUCUGUUAUUGUGUUGUUGUGGCUAUGUUUACAGCCUCUACCGGUGGCGUAAGAAGCUUAGAGAAAUGGUAACUGGGGAGAAGAAGCGCCCCAGUCCAGGUCGUGCAAGCUCAGGCGGAGAGAGAUCUGGUCGCGGAAGUGGAGACAAUGGAGGUCCAAAACUCGUUAUGUUCAAUAACAAGAUUACAUUUGCAGAGGCACUAGAAGCAACAAGACAAUUUGAUGAGGAAAAUGUGUUGAGCAGGGGAAAGUAUGGACUGGUGUUCAAGGCUUCUUUCCAAGAUGGAAUGGUGCUCUCAAUUCGACGCCUUCAUGCUUCUUCUCUUGGCGUGCUCGAUGAAGAGGCUUUCCACAAAGAAGCCGAAGCUCUUGGCAAGGUGAAGCAUCGAAAUUUAACAGUUCUGCGAGGCUACUAUGCAGGCCCUGAUGUGAGGCUACUUGUAUACGACUACAUGCCUAAUGGAAACUUGGCCACUCUGCUCCAAGAGGCUUCUCACCAAGAUGGUCAUGUACUAAAUUGGCCAAUGCGGCAUCUCAUUGCACUCGGCAUUGCUAGAGGAAUUGCUUUCCUGCACUCAGUCUCAAUGGUUCAUGGUGAUGUGAAGCCGCAAAAUGUUCUCUUCGACGCUGAUUUUGAAGCCCACUUAUCGGAAUUUGGAUUAGACCGGUUAACCAUAAUCUCACCAAAACCCUCAUCCUCAUCAUCCACCAUAGUUGGUACAUUAGGCUAUGUGUCACCCGAAGCAACACUAACCGGGCAAGCAACAAGAGAAGCCGAUGUGUACAGUUUUGGAAUUGUCCUGUUGGAGAUACUAACCGGAAAGAAGCCUGUGAUGUUCACCGAAGAAGAAGACAUUGUGAAAUGGGUGAAGAAGCAAUUACAAAGAGGCCAAAUCACCGAGCUGCUAGAGCCCGGACUACUUGAGCUAGACCCAGAGUCAUCAGAAUCAGAAGAGUUCUUACUAGGAAUAAAAGUCGGACUCCUCUGCACCGCACCCGAUCCACUUGACAGACCAUCCAUGGCUGACAUUGUGUUCAUGCUUGAAGGUUGCCGCGUCGGACCUGACAUACCGUCGUCGGCCGAUCCAACUUCAUUGCCUUCACCGGCCUGAAAUUUUUUGUUGUGUAUUGUUUUUCUAUCAAGAAAAACGUCAUCAUUGAUCAUUGUUCUAGUAGGUGUAUUCAAACAUUGUGAUUAAAUGAUUAACUACCGAUUCCACUUU